GCCGGGGCCGCGGGCGGGGCGGAGCCGGGCAAGUUUGUUUCCCGAGUUCGUAGACCAGGAGCCCCCGCGGUCGUCGCGCAGGUUCCCUCCAGCUUGGUCGAGAUGGAGCUGCCCGCCGUGAACCUGAAGGCGAUCCUCCUGGUUCACUGGCUGCUGGCGAUCUGGGGCUGCAUCCUGUUCCCGGGCGCCUACGCGUGGUCCAACUUCACCAUCCUGGCUUUGGGCGUGUGGGCCGUCGCGCAGCGGGACUCCGUCGAUGCCAUAAGUAUGUUUCUGGGUGGCUUGGUGGUCACCAUCUUCCUGGACAUCAUCCACAUCAGCAUCUUCUACCCAAGGGCCAGCCUCUCGGACACAGAGCGCUUCAGCGCUGGCAUGGCCAUCGUCAGCGCACUCCUCAAGCCGGUCUCCUGCUGCUUCGUCUACCAAAUGCACCGGGAGCGCGGGGCUUUCCUCGGACCUUCACAGGAUCACAGUGCCUACCAGACGAUUGACUCUCCAGAAGCCCCUGCCGACCUGGAGAGCAGGGCUCACGUCCCCCAAGGAUACUGAAGCCAGCCCUGCUGCACCUGGCCCCAGCCUAGGGGCCAGUUUGACAAACUGUGGGGAGGGAUGGGAGGAGGCUGCAUCACCUUCUUGGUGCCUUGGAUGUCAUCCUCGGGGCGCUCCUGUCCCCCCACCUUUCUCAGAACUAAUGUGGGAUGUGCCUUCCGGUUCCCCAUCUCAGGGGUUGCCUGAAUCAAGUGCCCUGAGAGGCCAGGAGCCCCUGUGCACACCUGUCCCAAACUCCUCGAGGCCCCUCCUCCCUCCCAGGCAUCCCACUGGUGCCAGGCUGGGAACUGUGGUCGCUUUUGUCACCUCCACCCUUAGCUGCUCCGUGCAGGCCCUGGGUCGAGCCGUGCCUGAGCCUGGCGGGGUAAGGCCUCUAAGAGCCAGUGAUGCCCCUACCCCACGCCUCUCCCGAAGUUGGCCAAGCCCUCCCGCAGGAGCUCUGAGAGCUUCUGGUCACACUAAGCCCCAGGAGUGCAGGGGUGAGGACCCACGGCUUCUCACUGCCUAGUCACUUGGGGCCCAGGACCCCAUCACUGGAGGCUGGUGGUGUCUGCAGCCUCAGAGGUCCGCCACAGCCUCAAGCUGCCCUUCUCAGAGCCAUGGCAUUAAAGUUCAGGGAAUCCUCUAGCUGAGUGUGUUUUGAGCCACGUUUAAUCUCCCGUCAGGGCUGGAGCCUGGACUUGCCAUUCCUGGGAAGAUUCCGGCGAAUCCCCAGGGCACCAGGCCUUAGGUGCCCAUUCUCUCGUGGCAGGAGGAAGCAGGGGCUCACGACCAGCUGGGCCUGCUCUGUGCUCAGCUCCAGCGCAGCCGAGGCCCCAGCAGAGGAGGGCACUGUUCAUUGCGGCAAAUGGGUGUCCAUUUCUCCGAAUUCAGAUGGCUCAGGUAUUGGUUUGAAUCCUGCCCUGCCCCUGACUGUGUGCCCCUCAGACCCCCGUGUCUGCUGGAGGAGGGCUAAUGCCUGCCCAGAGAGCGAUGAUGCAGCUGCAAUGUACGGUGCCUGGCCCUCGGGAGGGCUCCCUGCGUGACGGCAAGGUUGUCGGCGGGGCUGCUCCUUGAGCCCAUGAUGAUGUUGGGUGAGUGGGCCAGGGGCGGUCUGCUCCUGGCAGACCCUGUGUCUUGGCCUCAGAGCAGACGGGGACACCUGUCCAGGAGCUCCAAGGAGCCCAUGGCCAGGGCCCCCUCCCCACUCCCACUGGGAUGGCACUGACCACUGCACCCCAGGUGCCUGGGCUCUUGCAGGCCAUCCCGGCUCGUCCCCGGCACAAAGAGGUCGAGGCCUGGUGCACAGUCCCCUCCUCCCAUUCUUCUGUAUCCGUCCAUCCAAAGAAGCUGGGUGCCUGCCACAUGCUGGGGCUACAGGGGUGAACUCAGGUCCUGCUCUCGGGGGGGAACAGGCAUUAGGAGUCCUCUGUCAGGUGGCGAGAGCCCUGGAAGAAGGAACAUGGGCCUCCGGGGAAGGGGCUCGUGCUCUGGGGCCAAGGGAUGCUGGGUGGCUGAAGCUGUGGAAAACCGGGAACAGCCUCAUAGUCAGACGGGGGCGGACAGAUAAGCCGUGGUCCGUUCAUUCUAAGGAAUGCUGUUCAGCAGUUCAAUGAAUAAACCAGGCCUAUUUCUAUCAA